CGCAUCCGCGGCCCGACUCCUGCUGCGAGGUCACAGAGGAGAAGAGAAGGACUACGCACAUAAACUUGCUUGAACGUAUCAAACCUGGUUGGAGUGAAGACCGCGCCGUGGCCACGCAUCAGCAGAUGUUACGAAGGCCACCUGGGAUCGUCUAUAAAGGGCAUGGGGACUUUACUCAUAGGCCCCUCGGACUCUGAGCUCUUCUAGACGAACGGCAUGGCUACGAUUCUCGACGUAUCCAUCGCCGUGGCCUCCGGAUUGGUUUCACAGCGUGCGCGCGAGGAUGCUGCACGAGAACCACAGCCUCCGACGCGGCUGCCUCGGAAAGUGCGUUUUCAAACGGCGUCCUUCAUCUCAUCGUCAACAACUACGGGUUCAGGCGGCGAAACCACCAUCUUAGCUCCUAUCACCCCGCUACGACUCUGGAAGAGGCGCUCUGUUGAAACUACUGCCAAGGACAUGUCUUCCCGGCCGCUGGACGGUCCUCUGCUCGACGCUACAAUGCUAAUACCGACGACUCCCUUGCGCAUCCGCCCCAAAAUCCCUCACACGCCUCGUGGUCCUCCCUCGGAUGGAGGUGUGCCGUCAUCAACGAUGCUUCCUCAGUGCUCUGGCAUGAACCGUAAUGCCGGAGUCGAUGGCAUGUUGAUCUGUGCUCAUAUGUUAACGAUUGAAGCCAUGAUCAACGAGGCCAUAGCAGAAGCAUCCCUCUCCCCUAGCUACGUGUAGGCCCAACAACGGUUCUGUGUCGACAUUCUUUGCAUUUACCUCCAGUCCUGCGAACUCCUGGAGAGCGCUAGUGUAAUCAUUAUAAUCAUUUGCAUAUGCCAAUAAUCAUACUCUUCGCUGUCUCCUCGGGUGUUGGCAAACGUAACGUAUCAGUCCCCGGGACAAAACCCUCGUUGAGUAUAUACCCGUUCGGCAUUGCGAUGCCAUAAUGAGCACUAGCCGGGUAUACGACGGUGUGCUGAUAUGUCCAGAUCCGCGGCCGUCAUGUAGUGCAGGUAAGCCCU